AUCCUCUGCUGCGCGGCUCUUGUUGUUAUUAUCAUUAUUAUUAUAUAUAUAUACACCGGUACCACUGCUGCUGCUGAAAACUUUCUAUCCCGCAACUCUGUGUGAUCGCAUCAGUAGCGGGUGCUCCUGAGACACGGGCAGCACACAGGUCGGUCGGACAGUCAGAGUGUCGAUCGUAGAGAGUACAUAUACAUUGGAGCAGCACAGCAACACAUACACCGCAGUAUAGAGCGUCUGCUCUCUUUCUCCGAGUCUUUCUUUCUUUCUCUCUGUCUGUCUGUCUCGCGGAUCGUCGCGAGUGACAAUUGUAAUAUAUAAUACAAAACGCAUAGCGUACGAGACAAGAGCGCACAGUGCGUGUUUUACUUCCAACAAUAAAUAAUAUGUAAGGAGUUACGAAAGCGCGUAGGUACCGAUACGAGAAAAAAAUUCCUCAUCCUUCGGUCGAGAGACUCUCGGGAAUUUGUUUUGUGGGUUCAAAUACAUCAUCGUAUAAUACACACAUGUUUGAGAGGCUUCGACGCUCGGUCGAGGCUAUGUUGCCUUGCUCGACAGCGGCGGCGGCUGUGGCGGCGGCGGCUGCAUCGAACGAAGCUGCAUCAGCAUCAGCUUGAGAGACAACACACGGACACGGCUCGAUGCACACGAUCCCUUCCUCGCAGCAUUUUUAUAAUACAGAAUCCGAACGAAGUGCUGCUGCUGCUGCUGCUACUGCUGCUACUGCAACGCGUGAUUUGUGCGUGAGUGAGAGCGAGCGAUAUAUAUAACAAAAACCAGCUGAUUACAUGUAGGUUUACCACACACGGACCUAAAUAUUUACAUAGCGCGUGUUACACGACGUGCGUGUCUCGCAGUGCAAGUGUUUAUUUGUAACGUAAUCAUACAUAUUGUGCAUUUAUGUUAAUGUGAUAAUUUCACUCUCGUGUGUCUGUGUGUGAAUUAGUGUUUGUGCUUGUACGCAUAGUAGUAUAAAAAAACGAGUGGUGCAUCACUCCAUUUCUCUCUCUGUCUAUCGCUGCAGUUUGUGCGUGUUUUUUUCAUAUAUAAUAAAAUACGCACACACUCGUCUGCCGCCCGCCUGUGCGAGAGUCUCAGCUCGCGCGCGUGUGCGCCGUUGAUGUAUAUUAUUUCAGUGUCGUAUAUCAUAAUAUAGAGAAGUACUCGUAGUAGUCUGUGUCUGUUUCUCUGUGCGCGGUGUGUAUACUAUAACACUUACACACUCGCACUCGAGAACGUAUACGUAUACGUAUACACUUCUCUCAGUCCGUCUCUCGCACCGCGUCAAGUGGAGCGUGUGUUCGUGUGUGUGUGUGUUAUACAUGUGUGCGUUCCACAUGCGUACAUAAGCCGAUAUACACACAUUUUGUGCAAGAGGAAAAGUACAAAAAGUGCAAGAAAAAAAGCAAGGCUGGGUUGAAAAAUGGCGGAACGCAAGACUGGUGGAAGCGGCGGACCGGCGAGCCUAGGACUCAUCCUGUCGGGUGGCUCCGGGCCGAACGCGCUCCAGCUCAACAGCAUGAACAGCAUGAUGAGCGCCGGUGGUGGUGGCGGCGGCGGUGGCGGAGGAGGUGGCGGUGGCGGCCACCACCAGCACCAACACAACAAUGCCAGCUCGCAGAUCACGUCGCAGCAGAUCGUCAGCCGACCGGUGCCCAUGAAGCUCUUCGCUACGUGGGAGGUCGACCGAACACCCUCCAACUGCAUACCGAGGCUGUGCACUCUGACGCUCAGCAGGCUGGUGGUGCUGCGGCCGCUCGGCCCCGAGCUCCAGUCUAUCAGUCUGGCCGUGAAGAUGCAGAGCUCGAAGCGCACGCUGCGCUCCAACGAGCUCACGCUGCCAGCGGGCGGCCUCCUCGACACCGAGCUCGAGCUCCAGUUCGCCCUCCAGUAUCCGCACUUUCUCAAGCGCGACGGCAACAAGCUCCUCGUGCUGCUCCAACGCAGAAAGAGAUACAAGAAUCGCACCAUGUUGGGCUACAAGACCCUCGCCGAGGGCGUCAUUAACAUGGCACAAGUGCUGCAAAAACAAAUGGACCUCGAACUGGAGCUGGUCUCGGACAAAGCCGAGAAGUACGGCGGCCACGCGCUGGCGCGAGUUCACGUGAUGGGCCUGUGCUCGCAGCCGGUCGACCAGGACAAGCGGCUGAUCAACGACCCGAGCGAGCGACUGUGCCAGGAGUUCAGCGACGACGAGGAGGAGUUCAGCUCGGAGGCCGAGGCCGAGGGCAGCGACAGCGAGCCGACCAUCGAGGUGACGCGGAGAAAGAGCCGCAACAAGAUACCCGGCAACGCCAGGCAACGGAACUUGAAGCAGAAAUUCAUAGCUCUGCUGAAGAGGUUCCGAGUAUCCGAGGAAUUGGAACACGAUCAAGAGGAAAUUGGUCAAAAGCUAACAGGAGGCGAAAUGGAAAUCGAAGAGCUGUUCGACGAGCUCGAGGACAUGUCCGACAGCGGUCCCGAAUUGGACACGAUGUCGGUCAGCAGCACGCCCAAACCGUCGCUGAGGCCUUUCUUCAGUUCCAGUCGCUCGCUGCUGGCACCGACGCAUCCGGUAGUAAGCGGCGAAGAGGCAGAGAGUGGCGGUACGGGAGGUCAAUCUACUUCGCUACAGCCGAGAGAUAGCAAGGAUAGAUCAAAAAUCGGGCAUACUACUCCAGCAGAGCGUGGAAUCGACCGGCAGAGCGACGACAGCUCGCGUCGCUGCGACAGCGACUCGCAUCCGGAGAACUGGACGGAUCACGAGGCCAACAACGACAUGAUGCAGGCGGCCAACAACGCGAACAAUUCCUCGUCGGCGAUCCAUCAGCAGCAGGCCGGCUCGCCGCCGAAAGCCAUGCAAUCGGCCUCGCUCGACGGCGCCACACCGGCGGGAGGAAGCACAGGCGGCGCCGGAUCCACGACAGGCGGUGGCGGCGGCGGCAACAAGCAAGAGGACGCCGGCAAGCGCUCGCGUCUGUUCGCUCGCGAUCGCGGCACCCCGGGCAGCAACAAGGCGAAAAAGUACAGCCUGAGCGUCGACCUGAAGCCCGCCGGGGAUCUGAACAACGCCGAGGUCAGUAGUUCGAACACCAGUCUUACUAGCACCCUGAACUACAUACCGCGCAUGCUCUCGUCCUCGCGCCUAGCCAUGUUCCUAUGUAAAGCUUCGAUUCCCACACAGCCGCGCAAGGCCCUGGUCGAGCAGCUGGGCCGCGUGCUGCCGGACGACGCGCUACCCGACUCGGUCUGCCUCGUCUCGCUCUCGGAUCCGGGCGGCGCCGUGCUGGCCGCUCGGUUGCAGGAGGCUCAGCUCAGGGUGCUCACGACGGCCUCGCCCGCCGACGUGCGCGCCACCUUCACCUGCCUCAUAGCCCGACUACAAAAGUUCUGCAACAGCUCCGCGAAGCCACCCACAGCCAUCAGAGUCGUCGUGGCAGGCGGCGACGGCUUCGUCAACACGGUGCUGCGCUACUACGUCGAUCUGCUGGGCUUCAAGCCGCCCGACUGGCAGAACUAUCUGCGCUUCCUCAUCGUGCCGCUGGGCAGCAACAGCCUCAGCAAGUAUCUCGCCUCGGUCGACGGCCAGUACGCUAAACUCUUCGGCGACGAGUGGCGCGAGUUCGCCGAGCGCGACUCCAACUCCUCGAGCCUACUGAUGCAGGCCACGAACGACGUGGCCAACCGCGUCGUCGAGUACCUCGCUCAGGCGGACUCGACCCUCAUGCUACCCAUCGCCGAGGCCAUGGUCACGUAUCGCGAGACCGACGACAGCAGCCAGAUAUUCGUCCCCUUCAUCAACGACGUGCGCGUCGGCUGCCCGGAGAGCAGCGCCUCGGCCUCCGUCGACCUCGACGAGAACAAUUACAACUCGGGCCUGCUGCCCUCGUCCAACGAUCGGAUGAUCGGCUCGCCGCCCUCGGUGCCGCCCGCCUCGAGUUUGCCGCUCGGCUCGACGCCCGGCCGACUGACGCCGCCCAGCAGUCCCAACGUCGGUCAGCAGCCGCAACGAGGCGGCGGUGGCGUCGGCGGUGGCAACGCCGACGCGGGCGGCAACAGCGGCGGUCCCAUCGUCUGGGAGCCCGUCGAUCUGCAGCUCGAUUACUGGGGCAAGGCGGCGGCGCUCGGCGAGAAAGGCAAGAGCUCCCUGAGGCAGGCCUUCAAGGUGCUGCACGUGCAGAGGCUCGCGGCCCCUGGAGAGGCGCCAGGACAAUAUUUAUACAUGAGCUACAUGACCAAGGAGAAGAAGCAGAAGAUAAUGAGGCUCGGCAAGAAGAAGGAGAAGGAGAAGGAAAACGAGCCAAAAAGCCAACAAGUCGAUGGCGUGACUAGGCUCAUAUGCUCGGCCAAAACCCAAAACAUUCCACUGAGAGUGUGUAUCGACGGGACCGACUGGUACGGCGUCAAGUUCUUCCAGCUCUCGGCCCAGUGGCAGACGCACAUCAAAAACUUCCCCGUGGCGACUCUGGGCUACACCUCGGCGUCCCAGCAGCAGUCGCCCAGCGGGCUCGCGUGAACGACGAGUUUGCGUGGCUCGAAGAUUUUAUGACGUUACGUUCUUUCAUCAGCAUCAUUGAGACAUAUCCACGCCGAGACAUAGAGGACGAGAUGAAGAAGAGAAAGAAAAUGAAAAUGGGAGGGAGAGUAGAAUAAAGAGUUGGGCAAUAAUUCAAAUCAAUAAGUUAUCAAAUUAAUAGAAAUUAAUUACGAAGUAGAGAAGUUGAGACGCAUUCCUUGAACAAUAAAGAAAAGAUCGCUAUGUUUUUUGUAGUGUAGUUUUCAUUCUUUUUUAGCUAAAAAUUACGUGACGGUUGAAAAACGUUCAAUUUUUUUAUUAAUGUACAAAGUAUACGGAUGAUUCGAUAUUAUUAACAAUUUAUAUUUAAAAUAAGCCGAGAAAAACCGAAGGACGAAAUUGUGAUUUAAGCAGACGAACAAAACAAUUUUUAAAAAUAAAUUCGCAGAAUGAGUUUAUAUAUCAAAAUUCGUCUGCAAGUAGUGAGCUCUAUUUGCAUAUCGAAAAGAGAAAAGACAAAAAAGGUCAUAAAAUAUCGUUUGUAAAGUAUGUGUACAGUCAUUAUUGUUAAGUUGCGUUCCUAUGUGUAAAAAAAAAAAAAUUACGCGAGCGUGCUGGAAUAAGUUUUAAUUGACGGAGGAUCUUGAAGUGUAUAUUUCCGAUCAUGUGAAUAUUACAUAGAUAUAUUUACAUUUUCAAAGAUUUAUUGUCAUUAAUUAUGUGCAAUAUUGAUAUAAUAUUGUGAGCUCGUAAUGAAAGAAAAGGUAGAUUUUAAACACUGUAGUAUCCAUACGAUUGCCGAGCGUCAAAGGCAAAAAUUGUUUUUUAUUCUUCGAAGAAGUCUUUAUUUUUAUUGCUAUGAUAAAGAACGAUACUUGUUACAUAUUCUUACGCUUGAGUGAUGUAUUCGACGAGUCUCAAUUUGUGAGCCAUAUUCGACGGUUAUGCACGAGCUCAACCCGGGCUUAGAAUGUAUUCUUUCAUUUGUAAUGCUUACCGACAGCCCGUGAUAAGUUUAAAUUGUUAUGAGUCGAACAAUAAUAAAUUUUCCAUUAGUCAUUAAGAUUCGUAAUAAAUGAGCCUAUGUAAUAGCUAUAUUUUGACGAAACUGUGAGACUUCAGUUGUUAAGUUUUAGUUAACGUACUCCCAAUUCGAUCAGAUUGUAAAAAAAAUCAUCCUAUAACCACUUGACUAAUUAAAACGCUGAAAGAGGUGAUGAUUUAUCCUGCGAUACUCAAACUUUUUAAUUACAAAAAAUAUUACAGUGACUGAAGUCAUUAAUGACUGCCUAAUGCCAAAUUGACACUAUUUGUGUCAUCGUAUUGUAAUAUACAGUUUUUCAAACGAAAGAAAACGUUAGUGAAACUCAGAAGGCGUUGUGAAAUCAAAGCAACGAUUCUUGCCAAAAAUGUAAUUGUUUGUAUACUAGGCUGAAUUUUUUACUUUUGACAGACUUCGUUUGAUGUUUCCCUGCGUUUGCACAAAAAGAUUUGAAGUAUCCCCGCUGUAACUAAAAGCUAAAAAAUUGCGAAUGAUAGUAUACUAAUUUUAACAUGCACACAAAUAUGAAAAGUAGAUAUUGCUUUUGUACUUUAUUCGAUGAAGACUCAAUAAUCUCAUAUAGCGUUGAACUGGGCUUCUAUAUAGAGUAACUUUUGUUAACCAUCACAA